AUGGCCACUAAUGGCGGUAGGGGGUCACCCAGCAGACGCAAAUCUAUCGCGGUAGCCAACCAGAAUCGACCCCUUCAUCCAGGGAAGAAGCGGCGAGCACACUCUAUUGCACCUGGCGACAAGAUAAAUCUUGUUUCGAAGGCACGUCGGUCACUGGCUCCCCGAAAAAGUAUCCUCAAACCAGCAGUCAACAUUCCUGAGGAUGAUGAAGAUGCCACGCAAUCUAUGGAUCUGACCCAUGUUCACGAAAAUACGCAAAAAUCUCUUGCACGGCGCGUUAGCUUCGCAGACCGGGCACAUGUUCGGCUAUUUGAAACACAGGAACAAAAUACGAAUAGCACUGCUUCCCCUCAGUCCUCGCCUGUACAGGAAGCAGUUGAACGAGGCCCUACGGAUGAAAAUGUAUAUCCUGGAGCAAGCAAAUUCCAUCGCCGAAGCUCAAUUCGAUCCAUCGCUUUCAGUGAUGGUGCAGGAGAGGAGUCCAUGGAUAUGGACUCCGAUGAUACAGCAUUUAUAAUCUCGUCACCAGACAAACAUGAUGAGGGUGGUCUGCAACAGACUCCUGCAGAUCAGUCCUAUACUGAAGAUGACUCCCACCAAUCUCAGUCAUUCGUAUCUGAAGGCGAUGUCACUCAGCCAAUGGAGUUCACUGUUCCACUCAUCCGUCCACCAGCCCCGCCAAGUGAAGCCUGGCUUGCUCUUCGAUCAGUAACUCACUCUGGUGAAACACCAUACGUUCCCUCAUCCGACGAAGAGGAUGAACAUGGGGAACAAGACAUGGAGAUCACACAUGCUCUCACAAGGCUCCAAGCAGCUCGUGAAUCCCUUGGAUUUGGAAGCGAGAUAGAUCUUGAAGAAUUGGGACAACCAAACGACAGUUUCAGUAGCUCUGAAGAUAGUUUUGCGCAAGAUGAUGUGGAAAACGACGGCAACCAGACUAUCAAUGUCACUCAGCUCAUGCGCCGGGUCAGUCUUGGUGCUGGCAUCGAGGAUGACAAUUCUACUAUGGAUAUCACGUCCACAUAUGACAAUCAGGAGGAGCCCAGCAAGGACCAUUUUGAUGUCGCAGGCACGGACCUUUCAUCCCCUUCCGCGCAAUCAAUAGGUGAGGCUCACGGGGAUGUUGCUCAGGCCGAACCACAGGAGUGUGUCAACGUGGAGUCAGCAGCCAGACCUGUCGUAUUCAAGCCAGCCCCGCCACCUGGGGAGAUCCUCAAUGCACUCCCACCCGUUCCACGACCUGCAGCGGUUCCCAAGCCGUUCUCGUUUUCCUUCACACCUCGCGGACAAACGCCAGCGUCACCAGCCCGCCAUCGUCCUCCUUCACCUACUAAAUCACCGAGCAAAGCCGGGUUUUCCGCAGCUUUUGCCCCUCCUGUUGCUCGUCCCUCGCCAAAAAAGAGGACCCAAAGCAUAGUCGACGAUUCAGAAUCAGAAGACAGACCCAGUCCCGCCAAAAAGCUAGCUGGCCCCGGGAAAUUAACUGCACCACUAAAUGAAUUCUCCAAGGAGCAACCCAUGCAAUCGAGCAGGCUUCCAAGGCUCUCCCCAAGCAAGAAGGCGGCGUUUCAAGUACAUGCAGAGCCGCUCUCUGGUCUGAGUAGACGCCCAUCUAUUGGAUUUCGCCGUCCCUCGGGACACUUCGCACAGAGGAAAAGCAUGGGGGGAGCGGCUCCCGCUGCUUCUCCUGCUCCAGCGAAGAAUGCAGCCGCGUAUAUCAACAAGAAGGGUGUUUCCCUUACAGGCGAGAAGGAGGGAGCUGCUAGACAGACGACAGAGAAAGCAAGUAUCUUGGGGUCACAGGAGGAGGACCUUAGAGCUGAGACCACACCUGAACCGCUGCACGACUCUCCAAUCAGAGAGCCUCCCAUCUAUGAGAUGCCAGGAAGGGCUUCCCCGGUUGCUGACCUGUUCAGGAAAUCGCCUGCGAGAGAGUCCCCCGCACUUCCUUUCCCUCGACCUCAAAGCCCUCCACGCAAUUCACCCCGCCCAUCAACACCGGUCCGCGCAUCUCCUCGGCCACCCAGCCCUGGACUGGAAAAGAUACCAGAAGACCUUCCAGAACCUAAUUUUGAUGGAAUGGAGGCAACUUCAGACCUAACGCCAUUAGCCCGCAUCUCCGAGGGGAUUUCUAACCCUACCGAGCAAUGGCGCGGUGAUAUUGCAGAAGGAGACUUCCCUCCUGAAGAUGGCCCACAAAUCUCCAUAGAGCAAUUCUUCGAGAUGACCGGGAUACGGUUCAUGGAUGAAAUUGCUGCCCCCCGUCGCUCUACCGUGCACCCAUCUGCCCUUCGUCCUUCCAGACGACAGUCCACGGAAAGCGAGAUUCCUCUAUCUGAAUAUGUGGUCGCAAUGGCGGUCGGUGUGCCCCAGCUUGAGUUGUACACACACGUCAGUAAAGACCUGCAACUCUGGAUCGAGCGAAUCAAAGGCAUCUACAAAGAAGCAGAAGACGAAGCUCUCAAGAUGACUCCUCAGCUAUUCCAAGAAUUUGUACUGGCGGACGACGAAGGCCAGAAUGAGCUUCUCCAUCAGCUCAAGCUAAUCAAGGUCAACAAACAUACACAGGCCAAGUCAGAAUGGUACGAUUGGAAGAUGCAGUGGGUUGAGCAACUGUAUGAAAAGGCGGAUCAAGGGUUUCGAGAUCUUGAGGCGGAUGCUAAAGUUCUCGAAAAUAUUAUCCGUCAAGCCCAGGAAGUUGUGCCUGCUCUCAACGAGGAAUACGAGAAUCUUCUCCGCGAGUUGGAGCAAGAACAGGUCGACGUCGCUGAACUCGAGAACUGUAACCAAGAUUAUCUGAAUGAGCUGAAAGCGACCAUUCAAGAACAAAGUAUUGCGCUUGAAGCCUUCCGAGCAGACGUCGACGAGGGUAAAGCCAAACUGGAUCGUCUACAGGAGAAGCUGGAGGAGAUUGAAACUCAGAAGCUUGAAACCACCAAUGCUAUCCAGGUGGCUGAGCGACAAGUCCAGGUGCAGAAAAACAGCACGCAUGCCGAGGUCUUCAGAUUGAAAGAUGAGCUGGAAGCCCUUCAAAAUCUCCACAUGCUGCAAGUCACAAAAAUCCUGCCAGAGCUUUUUGAAUUCAGAUAUGCGUCAUCUUACGAUGUCUCCGUCCCAUGCGAGAACUUUUGUCCACUUGUCAAGGAGGUUUCGAUCAUGCGAGUCCAGAAUGCGAGGCUCAAGUACAAAGAUGCAUUCCCCGCUCUCAGCCCGUUGAUGCUAAAAACAGCGAGCUCACUCAUUACACGAUCCGAUGGAAAUCUCAGCGUUCGACAGAUCGUCGAACGUCUAGGAGACUACUGGUCUGCUUGCUCUCAACUGCUAGCCCAGCUAAAGUUGGUCGCGAUCAAGUACCCAGUCUCCAUCACUCACGGAGAAGACGAUGAUUCGGGGUUUACUGCAACUGUAACAGUCAUGCUCCCCAGCAAGAAGGCGAAGGCCUUGAUAUCUUUCAUAUUUAACACUCAGACGUUCUCUUCUUGGCCUAUAUCGAUCCGAUCUAUGCAAUGCGAUGUUAAAGUUGCAUACGGCCCGGUUCAACGGGAUACCCUCCAAGAAGCCAUUCUUGGUAGACUAAGAGAGACUACCGUAGCAGAUAACUAUGGUUGCCUCUUGGAUGCGUGCACAGUCGCUUUGGACUGCUACACAUAA